AUGGCUGAAGGGGGCUGUGCAAAGACUGAGGAGGAAGAGGCUCAGAGCUCCGAGGAAGAUCCGGUCUCGUUCUCCGGUAGCGGCGUGUGCAAGUGGUUCAAUGUGCGCAUGGGUUUCGGCUUCCUGUCCAUGACGAGCAGGGAAGGUGCAGCGCUCGACCCGCCCGUCGAUGUCUUCGUCCAUCAGAGCAAACUUUACAUGGAGGGAUUCCGAAGUUUAAAAGAGGGGGAACCAGUCGAGUUCAGCUUUAAGAAGUCAUCAAAGGGCCUGGAGUCUCUGCGAGUAACGGGUCCUGGUGGAGCGCCAUGCACGGGCAGUGAGAAAAGACCCAAAGGUGCACAGAAACGCCGCUCUAAAGGCGACCGGUGUUAUAACUGCGGCGGUCCAGACCAUCACGCCAAGGAAUGCCAGCUUCCCCCUCAGCCCAAGAAGUGCCAUUUCUGCCAAAGCAUGUCCCACAUGGUAGCCAACUGUCCAAUCAAGGCACAGCAGGCUUCGCCGGGAUCUCAGGAAACGCAGGCCUCAACGGCAGGAGAAGAAGUGCUUAGCCACAUCACCUCACCUCCAGAGAGCUCUGAUUGA